GUCCUGUCGCUUCAAAACCAAAAGAGAGAAUUGAAUAGAAUCAAGUGGCCGUGUGGGUCUGGUUAGGGCAGGGAGCGUGGAUUUCUCGAGAGUCGGGGGCCUUUGUUAAGCUUCACCUUGCAGUCAGCAGGACAGUCUUCUAUAAAAGGAGACGUCUUCUUCUCUUUGUAAAUGUGCCUGUGAAGCUAGCAGCCCCUAUAGAGAGAGAAAGAGAGAGCGAGACAGACAGAGGGUCUGUGCCUGGGUGCUGCGGGAGCACCAAUACCAUCCACAAGAAGGGAGGAUGGGUAGAAGUCCUUGCUGCUCAAAGGAGGGCCUCAACAGAGGAGCCUGGACUGCUCAGGAGGACCAAAUCCUUAGCGACUUCGUCAAGGCUCAUGGUGAAGGAAGAUGGAGAACUCUACCCAAGAAAGCAGGACUGAGGCGGUGCGGGAAAAGUUGCAGACUUCGUUGGUUGAAUUACCUGAGACCCGACAUCAAGAGAGGAAAUAUCUCGGAUGAUGAGGAGGAGCUCAUCAUUCGAAUGCACAAGCUCCUUGGAAACAGAUGGUCUCUAAUAGCGGGGAGGCUGCCAGGGCGAACAGACAAUGAAAUCAAGAACUACUGGAACACCAACCUGGUCAAGAAGCUGCAACAGAAUCAGGCACCUUCAUCUGCUCAGAAGCGCACCAGUCCCGGCAAGGCUAAGAAUCCGGCCAAGCCGCCGGCCGGAAAGCGUCAGAAAAAUGAGGGUAAGCCGCGGGAGCGUCGAGCCGUUCGAGCGGCGGCCAUGAGGCGCAUGGACACCAUGGCUGACUCACCUGCUGAUACGCCUGUCGGCGGCACGGAGGCCAAGAAGGAAGAAGCCACGAAGGAGAAUGUCCCUCCUCUGCAGGACCCAUCUCAAGAAAAGGUUCUUCUGCCGGAGGCGCUUGAGGAAAGUUUGAUGAUGGAAAUGGCCGCUGUCGACGGUUGCGAGAUGGCGGAUCUUCUGGACUACGAGUUGCUGAAGUUCCCGGAAGAAGAAGGCAUGGUCAUGAACGUGGAGAAUGAUAAUAACAACAACAACAACAACGAGAAUCAGGAAUUUGCAGAACCGAACUACAUCUUCGACCAGGCGAUGCUGGAGGAGUUGAUGAGGGUGGACACCUGCACUCGACCCGCCCUGCCUCCAGACAUGGAGCCGCUGUGUGUCUUCUUGGAUCCGGAAGUCGGAUGGUUAUGACAAUAAAUUGGAUGUUUGAAGUUUGAUCCCCAGAAAAAUAACUAAUGUGGAUGAAUGUUCAUAGAGUGCAAAAUAAUGAAGGAUCCGUUCCUAUGUUUCACCUCUUAUGGUACCCAAUAGUUAAAUAAAUUCUGAGUACCGUUGAAUCUAA